AUGGCAGGGGAUGUUGCUCAAUUUCUCCAGAAAAAGUUCCUGGCAUCUCUUAGGGACACAGAAUUUGAAUUAUCAGGUGCUGUUCUCAUUUCUUACUUGCGAGCAAUCAAAGAUAUUGUAAUAGAUAUAGAUACACGAAGACUUAAGGAAGAUUACUGCCGUCGCUUUAUCUAUGUGCUCCUGGACCGCACCGACGCAUUCACCAAGUGCCAGGAAGAUUUGUUUCGUGCGGAAGAUGAGAAGCGGCUGGCUGCAAUAAAACGCAUCUUCGAGGCUGAGUUUAUGAAAAAGGAAAAAAGAAUUUAUAACUUGAGGGAAUCAUCAAGUCGUCCUGAUCCUGAAGAGAAUCUAAUACAUCGCCGUCAAAGAUUUGAGGCUGAAGUUGUGGGAUUUGAUGAACAAUUACGGAAGAUUGGGAGCUUUCUUUUAAAAUCAUCGCCGUCGUCAGGUGCCGGAUUUGCGGCAGUUGGGAUACUGGGCAUGGCAGGCGCAGGCAAGACCACCCUGGUGCGCGAGUUUUUGAGUUUGUGGAUAGUGCGAGAUGAAUUUUCUCCUAUAAUUUGGUUAUGCUUGUCGAAUAUAAUCAAAGAAAAUAAACAAGUAGAAGAAGAAAUUGAGGUCAGCAUUGUGAAAUGUAUGCUUGGUAAGUUGGACCAUGAUGCCGUUGCCGAUGGAGAUGGCAUCAUCCAGGAGGAGGAGAAGAUAAUAAGUAGUAAUAAUAAUUCUGGUCAUGUCCUUGCUGCGCUCUUGGAAAGGCUCAACCAACAUUUAUCAGGCAAAAGUUAUUUGGUUGUGUUGGAUGAUGUGUGGCACAUGAACAAUUUCUACUCCGAUUUAGGACAUAGGCGACUUCAGGUUCAGGAAGGUGAUAAGAAAGUUGGGGAUCAUCGUCACUAG